AUGUGCAUUAAUAUCGUGCUUUACCUCAUCCUAUUUUUUUCAUCGGUUGCUUAUUCGUGUGAUUAUCAAUUAACAAACACAACUGGAACAGUUAUAUUUCCAUCGUAUGAGAACAAUAUUGAGUGUCUGUGGGUAUUUAACCUCUCCGGAUCAGUGAAUUCGAGUGGUUUCCGGUAUCUGUUGAUCACUUUUCAUUAUUUCGAUACGGAGUUCGGCCAUGAUGAAUUGUUUAUCGGCGAAACAAUAUUCGAUGUCUCGAGAUACAAUUCGAAAUUGUUUCGUUUCUCCGGUUCGAAAUUGCCUGAUCCGUGUUUGAUCUUGCUGCGUGGUGAUAUUCAACUUCGUCCGAUCUGGAUGCAAUUUGUCAGUGACCAUACAACGACUGGCUCAGGUUUUACUCUUGAUUAUGCAUUUCUAGUCAAUCAAUCUUCGCCUUCAGUCGGAAAAUCUGCGAAGCUAUUAAUCAAUGCCGAUAUUCGUCAAAAUUCGAAAUCGUCCUACUCAUUUCCCUAUGGAAAUCUUUCAAGUCCAAAUUAUCCUCAAAACUACUCAAAUAAUAUGAUAUGUCGCUGGAAUUUCUUUCAUCGUCAUGCAUUCAUUCGAUUGAACAUUGCAGCAUUCCAAACGGAAUAUCAUUACGAUACAUUCACGAUUUAUCUUGGUCAAAAUUUAAAUAAUCGCGCGAUGAUUUUAUACGAAUGGUCAGGUGAUGAGAUGGACAACAAACACUUGUUCAUUCCAAAUGAUAAUAUCCUCAUCGUUUUCCAAACUGAUAAGACAAAUAACGCAUCGGGAUUCUCUCUCCAAUAUGAAAUUAUUGUGAAAGAAAACAUUACAAUAGAAAUCAAUGAUAAUUACGGAGUUAUACAAUCGAAUAACUAUCCGAACUUUCUCCGAACUAAUGUUGAGCAUACGUGGAUCAUUCACAUGAAUUCUUUCAGUGAAAUUCAAAUUGAACUGAACGAUAUUUAUCUGGACUAUGAACAUGAUUAUCUGCAAGUCAAUACGGGUGGAGUUACCUAUACGUUGGACACGCCGAGAUCAUAUAGAUUUUCAGCAGCGAAUGAAACGAAAAUUAUCCUUCGGACUAAACAUGCCGACGAUGAUUAUCGCUAUCGUGGGUUUAAUCUGACGUAUCGAAAAUGGAAUACGACUGCUGGGAAAGUAGAUGAAUGGAAAGAUUUGCCGUGUGGAAAGAAGUAUUCAUCAGCCAAUGGUACAAUUGAAUUUCAACAUCAAACUUUAACGUCAUUCGAUUGUUUGAUAUUGAUCGAAGUCGAUGAUGGACAAAAUAUUCUCUUACGAUUUGACUAUUUGAAUUGGGAUAAUCAAGAAAACUAUAUAGAAAUUGGUCUGUUUCAUAAUCCAAAUGAAUAUCGAUUAUUUCAUCUAUCAGAUACAUUGCCCGGCACUUGGUUUAUUGCAAAUGACAGUCAAAUAUGGAUUCGAUUCUAUUCCAGUCAAUUCUCUUUAGAUGUCUCUUCGUUUCGGUUAUUCUAUACCGAAACGAUUCGAUGGUCAACGGUCACGGCAAAACCUUAUGUUCAAGUUCUUGACGAUCAUCGAUUAUUUCCUUAUCGUCUGAUUAGUCUGCCAACAAAUAGCAUUUAUCAUAAUCUAACUCAAGCUUAUAUUUGGCAUAUCGAAGCAUUGGAUGACGAAUGCGUUCAAAUUCGUUUUGAAUCUUUACGAACCAUUGACAAUCGACGAUUCUGCUUUCAGAUCAAAGAUUCAUCUCAAACACGAUAUGUGUGUAACAACGAACAAUUGCCAUUUGCCUCUCACCAUACUGGAUCAUGCAUAUUAUCAAUCGAACCGGAGUUUAUCUGGAUGUUAGUAGAAUACAACAUUCAAAUCGAUAAAUACAAGAAAAUGUUGUUAAGUCAUUACUUGACUUUCAACGACGAUAGUCUGGUAUUAACACCAUCCUUGGCAUCGGAGUCGUAUAUUUCUAUUGAAUGGAUCAUAUCAUUGAAUGACUCGUCGGGAAUUAUUUUCGAUAUUGAAAACUUCGAUGGAAAAACACCAGCUGAAUUGAUUCUUCCCGAAAAUGACAAUAGUACGAAAAGCUAUUCGUUAGACACGAUAUCAGCAAGACGUUUUGCUCAUGCAUUGACGUCUCACUUGAAAUCUUUUCGAAUUGUUUAUACUUCGUGGUCGUUGCCACAGCAAAAGCAGAAACGAUUAUUUCGCCUGAGUCUUUACAAGAUUUCCAAAGGCUAUUUCAAUUUUCGAGAUUUUUAUUAUAUUUCUUACCAAAGCAAUCAAUCGACUUCACUCUGGACAAUCCGUGGUCAAUACGAGAAUUCGACAUUUUCAGCAGUAAUGUUCUCAUCGAAUCCAAAUCUAAUACUUGAAACAACAGCGAAUACGAAUCUUUCAUCGACCACUACCAUAAUUCCUAUCCUUAGUUACCAUUUUAACAUCCGACUUGCGCAACAAAACAAUGUGCAAAACUCGGAUUUUCUCGUCAUUCUCUACGAACAGGAGAAACAUGAGAAUAUCUCCACGAAUAAAACUUCAAGUUUAAUUGCAACAAAUGAUUUCGCUCUUUACGAUAUUCAUCUUCCAUCAACCAGUUUCAAUUCAAUCGAUUUUAUCAUCAUUCAAGGCGAUAAUGGUACAUCGAUUCGUCUAUUUGAUCUAAACACUGAAAAUAAUGACUAUUUUCUAUUAAAUUUAUCUUCGAUUAAGUUCAAACAAAUCUCCUCGUUGAUUGGUUUGCGCUUCUCGAUCAAGAGUCUGCAUAUUCAAAUUGAAUUACACUCACUAACUAAAACGCCGAUACAAUUACGAUACAAAGGUCAAUUAGCAUCGAUUCCGACGAACACUUCUCAUAAAACAAAUAAAAAUCUUCACAAUUUACAGAACACGUUGCUGCACUGUUUUAUACCAAACAUAAACUUGUGCGACAAGAACACUUCUCAAACGUGCACUGAUUCAUGUGCGAACAUAUUUGAUCAGAUAUCUUCGUCAUCGAUGAAUAACACGCGAAGAAAUCAAUUUUGGCCGUAUGCACUACGCGGUAGUGUGACGUUGAUUAUUGAAAAUGCAACAAUGGAAACAUUUGAGAAUCGUAUCUAUCGGAAUCUACGCCAGAGUAUUGCGAAAGCCGUGCGUAAGUUUUGCUUGAAAUUCCAAUCAACUUGUCUGAGCAAAGAUACAGAAUUUAUUCGAGCUGAUCAUGUUAUCGUGCAAAAUUAUGAAGAAGAAUCAGCUGAUCAUCGUUUAUUUGUUGCAAUAUUCAUCAAAGAUCCGUAUCGUCAAACAGUAGCACUAACAAACGAUCAAUUUUUACUUGCACUUAAACGUUAUCAACAAGAUAUCUAUCAGGAUAUCAAACAUCAAAUUCACCUUCCAUCGAAUGUUUUGCAACAUACAUCAGUAGAUCCAAUUUGGUUGUUCUAUUCAACAAAUCAUCAUAAUGAACGAAUGAAUGGAGCUGUACAAAAACGAAAACCGGAAAAGGAUCGUCUGAUUAUUUCAUCUCCAUUACGAUUAGCCACUGAAGAAGACGAACAAAUCUCUUCGACAUGUUAUAAUGAAUCAGAUACGUCUCAGGCAUCGACUUCCGCACCAACAGCCAACCUCCUUCCAACAAAGCAGCCAACGGCCGCGCCAUGUUCUCAUUAUUUCAACAGUCGUCCGUCGUAUUUCCAUAGUACCAUCGAAAGUGCAAUAAAACAGCGCUUCGAUACUGACAAUGAACCUAUCCCAUUCAUCGAUGAUAACCUUUCGAUAGCGCAUAGUCGAAAGAGUAGUGCGUGUUGGAGUGACCGAACGAGUUUGAGCAGUCGAUUUAGUUUAGUAUGGAAAGCGCAUUCACGCCGUUCGGGAUCACAAAAUCGUUCGACCAUGUCGACCAGCAAUGACAAACGACGGAAAUAUACUCAUCGACCAUCGCGAUAUACAUUUUCCGCAGCACAUCAAAGUCUCCCCAAUGAUGAACUGUAA